AUGGGACGAAUCCCCCACAGACCGGGUGGCCCUUGGUCAGGGAUUCUCCUGGCAGCCUCCGUCCUGGGCUCCUGCCUCCAGCCGGCGCCGGCCCAGACCCCAAUGACCAUCACCUCGCCGAGCCCCGUGGUGGGAGGGGACGUCAGCCUGGCCCCGCAGCCACCACCACAGGACUUCAUGUACUGCAGCUGGUUGCGAUAUAAGACCACUGAUGGAAACCGCCAGAUCCUCACCUACUUCCCACAAACACCCCCUGUUCAGCAGAACGGCUCGGCCCACAAGGGGCGGGAGACAGCGGGGCCCAGCUGCGUCCUGAACAUCGCGGGGUUAACGCUCAAUGACACCGGGUUCUACAUGAUGGAGAUAGAGCGCCGGACUAGCUUUGUCUUCGCGAUAGA